GCAAUCAGACUCCUAACUCAAUCCAACCCCUAAUCUGUCCACCCAAAUAACAGAACUAUGCCCGUUCAACGUCCUCCAAAAUAUCGCAAGGAAUGACCAAUCUACACAGCCAAACGCCUGAAACGAAUCCAAUCCGAAUCUCUAACUAGACCGCCACCAGAGUCAAAGCAUGUCCAUCCACGACAGUCUGCCAGACAACCGCAUGGAAUGAUCAAUAAUGGAUAAUAACCUAACAACCAUCCUCCCAAACGUAUCCAACCUCGCCCUCACCCUCGUCCUUCGCAACCACUUUCAAAACUUCACCACCCUGUACGCGAACAACACGAACAACGAAAUAACCCUCGACUCGGUCCCUCACAGAGACUCGUUGCACAUCGUGAUCCCGGUGACCAUCAUCUACGUGUCCAUCUUCGUUACUGGGAUAAUCGGGAACAUAAGCACGUGCAUAGUGAUCGCGCGCAACAAGUCAAUGCACACGGCGACCAACUAUUAUCUGUUCAGCCUGGCCGUGUCAGACCUGUUGCUGCUCGCCUCCGGCCUCCCGGCGGAGAUCUACAUGGUGUGGUGCAAGUAUCCCUACAUCUUCGGCGAGGGUUUCUGCGUUCUUCGAGGGUUGGCCGCCGAAACAUCUACGAACGCCUCUGUCCUCACCAUCACGGCGUUCACUGUCGAGAGAUACCUGGCCAUCUGUCACCCGUUUCUGUCGCAAACCAUGUCCAAGCUGACCAGGGCGGUGAAACUGAUCCUGGUCGUGUGGCUGGUUGCCCUGUCGUUCGCCUUGCCCCAGGCCUUGCAGUUUGGCCUGGUGCAGCACAAGGCGCAUCCGGAAGUGGUGAUGUGCACAGUGAAGAGGAUCCUGCUGCAGCACUCGUUCGAGUUGUCCACCUUCCUGUUCUUCGUCGUACCGAUGAGCCUCAUCACCGUGCUCUACGCCCUGAUCGGAUUGAAGUUGAGAAAAUCGAACAUGAUGAAGAGGAGCAGAGGGAGAGAUACGGGCGGCAGUUGCAGGCAUCAGACUGGAAGGUCGUCGAGGAGAGUGCUGAAGAUGCUCGUUGCAGUGGUGAUAGCAUUUUUUAUUUGUUGGGCACCAUUUCAUGUUCAGCGCCUGAUCGCCAUUUACGGGACAAACUCCGAGGAUCACAUAUCCUCGAACAGCGAAUGGAUCGAGUUCCUCUAUCUUCUCAUGACCUACAUAUCUGGUGUAUUCUAUUAUGUCUCUACGACGAUUAACCCUAUUCUGUACAAUAUCAUGUCGAAUAAAUUUCGUGUUGCGUUUAUGGAAACACUAUCGAGAAGUUGCAGAAUACCCGGAUUACCGAUACGACAUGAACAACGUUCAUAUUCAAGCCUGUCUCGAUCGCAGCAAAGAGCGAUUGGUGGGUCGAGAAACAUAGGAACGGCUGGAACUGGAAUUGUUCAUGAAAGUACUGAUUGUUCUGGAAAUUUUGGCCAAGAAGACAAUCCAAAACAAUUUACGUCGUUAGUUGAUCAAUUAAAAAUAGACACGAUCCGAAACAAUAUCAAUAAGAGGGAUGAGAACAUUGGCAGAUUAAACAUACUUUCGAAUGAGAUAAGACAUAAGAAUGAUGUAUGUUUGAAAAAUUCGAGACCAAGUAAAUAUACCACUGUGAACGUGGAUGAAUCCGGAAAGAAAUGGUGGCGUUUGCUAAAGUGGUUUCCUGGUUUGAAAUCUUUGAAAUUCUCAAGGAGAAAUACGUAUACUAUUCCGGAAAAUCAUAUCUUGAAGAGGCCAGAGGAGAUCUCGAUGACUUUGUGGAAUGAAACUAAUGAACAGCGGCCUGUUUAAUGUAAUAGAGUUUUCAAAAGACGAAGAAUUAAGAUGAAAUUGAGGUUAUAAGGAAUGAUAGUAAGUUGAAAGUGGAAUAAUUUGACUCUUUUUUAUCAUUAAUUUUAAAUUACAAUCGAUAAUUAUAAGAUUGAGUUUUGAAUGAAUGAUUGAAGUAUGAUAAAUGAGAUUAAUUAAUUAAUUGAAUUUUAUGCAAUAUAGGAAAUAUUCUCGUUU